UGACUGAACCUAAAAAAAUAUUAUUCAAAAAUAAUAAAUUUUGUUUUGAAAUUAGAAUAACGGGAUUAGGGAAGAAGAAGACGAAGGGACCACACAAACUCCAAACCCUUAAUAUGAGUGUCACAGUAGAAGAAGCGUCCACUCAGAGAAGACCCAGAAAGAAACACAGGAUUAUGGAACCAAAACAAGAAUUAUGUGAAAUCGUUGAUGUUGAUCAUUAUCAACUUUCCUCUCAAUCGAUUUUGGACAAGGGUACCAACAACUCCAACCCCAUUUCAGUCGAGCAGUACAAUGAGGAUAGAGACCUCCAACUCGCUAUCAUGGCUUCUCGUCUCCAAUCUCCUAAUACCACCACUAAGGCCAAACAAGUCGUAGACCUUUCUCGACAAAGCUUCUAUUUUCUCGACGUUGAAAACGACGAUGACGACGCUGACAUUCAAUUGCUCUGGUUCAACACACCCAAGACGACUCGGAAGAAACCCUUUGCGGGUCCUUCCGUGACUGAAAACGGGCAGUCUUCAAAUUCAAAGGACGUUGACCCAUCUUUCGUUUGCGAGAUAUGCGCGGAACCUAAGUCUGUAAAUGAGUCGUUUAAUAUCAAAGGAUGUAGCCAUUCUUACUGUUCGGAGUGUAUGGCCAGGUACGUUGGUUCAAAGCUUCAAGAUAACAUUACGAGAAUUGGUUGCCCUGUUUCUGGUUGUAAUGGGUCAUUGGAGCCCGAGUACUGUCGUUCCAUACUUCCCCCUGAUGUGUUUGAGAGGUGGGGCAUGGCCUUGUGUGAGGCUCUGAUUCUUGGGACUGAAAAGUUUUACUGUCCUUUCAAGGAUUGCUCGGUCAUGUUGAUCAAUGAUGGGAAAGAGGUGAUAACCAACGCGGAGUGCCCAAGUUGCUAUAGAAUGUUUUGUGCUCAGUGUAAGGUUGCUUGGCACGAUGGGAUUGAGUGUGGGGAGUUUCAGAAGUUGAAUAAGGAUGAGAGAGAGAAGGAAGAUAUAAUGUUGAAGAAGCUGGCUCAGAGUAAGCUCUGGAAAAGGUGUCCAACCUGCAAAUACUAUGUUGAAAGAGCAUCUGGUUGCUUGUUCAUACAAUGCAGGUGUGGAACUGCAUUCUGUUACAACUGCGGGAACAUUUUCACAAAUAAGAGCAACCACUAUUGUAGUAAAUGCAAUCACUGAUGUUCUCUGUGCUUGUUAUUAACCACUACAAUAGUACAAUACUAUUCUAAUAAUUAUGUAUUAUGAAGUUCAAAAUGUAAAUAAUCAUUCGAGUAGUUAUGAUUGUAUGUUUCACAGUUCUCAUGUGAAACUGGAGAUCUAAAUCAUUAGAUUAUACAAAUUUAUUCCUAGCUGCACUCAAUACAUGUUGGGUUUAGUAUAUGAUGAACUCAAGACAGGUUUAUUAACUUAUUAUUGAUGCCUGUACUUCUUGGAGUCGGAACUCGGUAUGUAUUGUUGAAGCUGACUAUUUUUUCAGUAGUUCUAUUUUUGGUUUAGCAUUUGUUUUGUUGA